AUGAAACAUCUUCUUGCCCAUUUCCCAACCAUCUUGGCCAUCUAUUGUUUCUGCAUGCUACAGAUUCCCUCCUCAGGAUUUCCUCGACAUUUAGCUGAUCCUCCAGGUGGCUUGGAUAUUGUGCAGCUUGAGCGGCUGGCAUAUUGGGCAACUCUUUCUAGACAACCCAAGGAUGACCAAGACAUCUGCAAAAGGUUUCUAUUUCACUACUCCAGAAACCAGGAGCCGACACAUCCAGUUAAAACUGGGUUUCGUCCUGUGCACCCUCUAAUGCGUCUGGCUGCGAAGCUCGCGAACCGCAGGAUGAAAAGAUUUCGCCAGCGCGAUUCGGGGGCUGCUGCAGCAGAUUUUACCAAAAAGGAUCACACUGCCAUGUUGGGAAGACCGUUUUUCCUUUUCAGGCCGAGGAAUGGAAGAAACCUUGAUGUUAACAUCUGGUAG